UACAGAAGAAUGGCCAGCUGUCUGCUGUCAAUGGCGUAGCUGAACAAGGAGAUGUCCACGUCCAAGAGGAAAACCAGGAUGGGCAGGAGGAAGAAGUCAUUGUUGAAGAUGUUGGACAGAGAGAGUCAGAAGAUGUGAGAGAAAAAGACCGAGCUAAAGAAAUGAUUGCCAACUCUGCAGUUGUUGAAGACAUCACAAAGGAUGGGCAGGAAGAAGAAACACCUGAAAUAAUCCAACAGAUCCCUGCUUCGGAAAGCAACGUAGAAGAAAUGGCACAGCCCGGAGAGUCCCAGGCUAGUGAUGUUGGCUUUAAGAAGGUAUUUAAGUUUGUUGGCUUUAAAUUCACCGUGAAAAAGGAUAAAAAUGAGAAAUCUGAUACUGUCCAGCUCCUCACGGUCAAAAAGGAUGAAGGCGAAGGGGCAGAAGCUACAGUUGGCGCUGGUGACCACCAGGAGCCUGGCAUGGAGACCGGAGAGUCCGCACCCAAAGAAAGUGAGCUGAAGCAAUCCACAGAGAAACCGGAGGACACCCCAAAGCAAGCACAGUGCAGCACCGAAGAAAUUCCCCUUCAGGCUGAAUCUGGUCAGGUGGUUGGGGAAGAAGCCAAAAACGAAGGAGAAGAAAAACAAGAGAAAGAACCCACCAAAAACGCAGAAUCUCCGACCAGUCCAGUCAGCGGCGAGACAACAUCUUCCUUCAAGAAAUUCUUUACUCAUGGUUGGGCCGGCUGGCGCAAAAAGACCAGCUUCAAGAAGCCGAAAGAGGAUGAGCUGGAGACUUCUGAGAAGAAAAAGGAGCAAGAGGCAGAAAAAGUCCAUGAGGAAGAUAAUGACAAGACAGAAUGUCCUUCUGGGCAAGCCCCAGCAUCCGAGCAGCAGGAGCCCACAGGAGGCAUAAAUCAGGCCAGGUUGUCCGCAGAUUAUGAGAAGGUGGAGCUGCCCUUGGAAGAUCAGGUCGGUGGCCUGGAGGGAGCAUCAGAGGAGAAAUGUGCUCCGUUGGCAACAGAAGUGUUUGAUGAGAAAGUGGAAACCCACCAAGAAGUUGUUGCAGAAGUCCACAUGAGCACCGUAGAGAAGAUGGGGGGGGAGAAGGCCGAAGUAGAUGUAAAAGAAACAGGAGAAUCCUUGCCCCCUGAAAAACUGGCUGAGGCCAAGGAGGCCCCUCAGGAAGCCGAGCCUGCUGAGGAGCUGAAGAGCAAAGAAAUGUGUGUCUCUGGAGGUGACCAUUCACAGCUGACAGAUCUAAGUCCCGAUGAGAAGACAUUGCCCAAACACCCCGAAGGCAUUGUCAGUGAGGCAGAGAUGCUGUCCUCCCAAGAGAGGAUCAAGGUACAGGGAAGCCCUUUGAAGAAACUCUUCAGUAGCUCCGGCCUAAAGAAGCUCUCUGGGAAGAAGCAGAAGGGGAAACGUGGGGGUGGAGGAGAUGAAGAGCCAGGAGAACACCAACAGGUUCAAACCGAGUCCCCAGAGAGCGCUGAUGAACAGAAGGGGGAGAGCUCUGCCUCCUCCCCAGAAGAGCAGGAGGAGAUCACAUGUCUGGAGAAAGGGCUGUCAGAAGCACAGCAGGAAGGAGAAGCCGAGGAGGGAGCCACUUCCGACGGAGAGAAAAAAAGGGAAGGAACCACUCCUUGGGCAUCUUUCAAAAAGAUGGUGACACCCAAGAAACGGGUACGAAGACCUUCUGAGAGUGACAAGGAAGAAGAAGUGGACAAGGUCAAGAGUGCCACGUUGUCCUCCACAGAGAGUACAGUGUCAGAAAUGCAAGAAGAAGUCAAAACCGUCGGAGAUGAGCAAAAGUCCGAAGAACCGAAGCGCAAGGUGGAUACCUCUGUGUCUUGGGAGGCACUGAUUUGCGUGGGGUCAUCCAAGAAAAGAGCGAGGAAGGCCUCAUCAUCAGAUGACGAAGGAGGGCCGAGGACAGUGGGAGGGGAUGGCCACAGAGUGGAAGAGGCCAGCAAAGACAAAGAAGCUGGAGCAGAUGCUGUCCCCGGCAGCACCCAGGAACAUGACCAAGCGCAAGGAAGUUCCUCGCCUGAGCCAGCUGGAAGCCCUUCUGAAGGGGAAGGUGUCUCCACCUGGGAGUCAUUUAAAAGGUUAGUCACUCCGAGAAAAAAAUCCAAGUCAAAGCUGGAGGAGAAAACGGAAGACUCCGGGACAGAGCAAUUGGCUUCAGACGUUGAGCUGAGUAAAGAAGAAUCUUGGGUUUCCAUUAAGAAAUUUAUCCCUGGACGGCGGAAGAAAAGGCCGGAUGGGAAGCAAGAACAAGCCACUGCUGAAGACAUGGCGUCCACAGAAGUCAAUGAAGAUGACCCUGAUGUCCCGGCUGUUGUGCCUCUGUCUGAGUAUGAUGCGGUAGAAAGGGAGAAGAUGGACGCGCAGCAAGCUCAGGAGAGUGAGGAAGGGUCCCAGCUUCAGGGGGCCCUGUACGUGUCUGAGGAGCUUAGCAAGACACUGGUUCACACUGUCAGUGUGGCUGUCAUUGAUGGGACCAGGGCAGUCACCAGUGCCGAAGAGCGGUCUCCUUCUUGGAUAUCGGCUUCUGUGACAGAACCUCCUGAACAGGCCAAAGAGGAAGCCACAGAAGCCAUACCCUCCACUAAGGAGGUCACUGAAAGAGAUGUCAUUGCAAAAGAAACCCCUACGGCCACCCAGACCUUGCCAGAAGGCAAAGAUGCCCAUGACGACACAGUUAUCAGCGAGGUGGAAUUCGUCUCGGAAGCUGUGACAGCUGCAGAAACCACAGAGGCUCUCCAUGCUGAAGAAGUCACUGAAGCAUCGGGAGCAGAAGAGACCACAGACAUGGUGUCAGCGGUUUCCCAACUAACCGACUCUCCAGACACCACAGAGGAAGCCACCCCGGUUCAGGAGGUAGAGGGUGGUGUGCCAGACAGAGAAGAGCAGGAGCGGCAGACACAAGCCAUCCUCCAGGCAGUUGCAGAAAAGGUAAAAGGGGAGUCACAAGUGCCUGCCACCCAGACUGUACAGAGAGCGGGGCUGAAAGCACUGGAGAAAGUGGAGGAGGUUGAAGAGGAUUCUGAAGCGCUGGCUGUGGAGAAAGAGCGAGAUGUCGUUGUGCUGGAAGAGCCCGUGCAGGGAAGUGAAGCUGAGCAUUCUGCAUGGGGCUCUGAGAUUGGACAGAGUACUCCAGAUAGCCUCAAAGCAGUUCCCGAAGUCACAGCGGGUGUAGAGUUGAAGGAGCAAGUCACCACAUGUCAGGCUAUUGAGCCCCAGCAGCUGUUGGAUCAAGCUGUAGCCCCCGAGUCAUCCGAAACCCUGACAGACAGUGAGACAAACGGAAGCACUCCCCUAGCAGAUUCAGACACUCCAGAUGUGGCACAGCAAGAUGAGGUCAUUGAAAGCCAGGACAGUAAAGCCAUUGCAACUGACAGGCAGUCACAGGUCACAGAGGCUGAAGCAGCUCUUGCUCAGAAGGAGGGACCUUCAGUGCCACCCAAUUUUCCACCCCAGGAAGAAUAUGGGGAAAAACCGGGAAGAGAUGUUCUAGAACCAGUGAAGCAAGAGCUUGCUAUGGAAGCAGCACCUGUUCUGGCAAAGACCGAGGUGGGUCAAGAGGCUAGCCACUCUGAUGGCGAAAGAGUCAAAGACGAACUCUGUGUGGAAGGACUGGAGGUGUCAGUACACACAGAUGGCCCCGACAGUCGAGAAAAGAUUGCUGAAGUGACACAAGAUGGUGAGGAGAUAACAGAGCCUGAAUGUCAAGAAAAGGAGUGUGUGGAAGCGCAGAGCCUUAACCCGGAGGAGAGAGAGAUGGGAACUGAUGUUGAGAAGGAGAAAAUGGAAACAAAACCAGAGCAAGCGAGUGAAGAACCUGAAAGGAGAGCGGCCUCUCCUGAGUGUGAAGAAGCCCACCCACAGCCUGUCCAGACCGUUGACGCGUCCAUCUCAGAGAGGGGAGAGGAAAUGAGCAGCCUUGAAGGAAGCUCCACUCUCCCAGACCAAGACGAGGCAGGUUGCAUACAGGUUCAAGUUCAAAGCUUGGACCCACCAGUAACCCCAACAGCUGUAUCCAUGAGGGAGGUUGCAGAAACUGUCAAGACUUCAGAAACAGAUGGAAGUCUGGAGUGUGUGGGUACACAUUUAAUACCAGCAGAGAUGUCCUCUGAAAAGGGUGACCACUGGACUUCUCAGCAUGGAGAGGACAUUGUGCCCUCGGGACCAGAGAAGCAGGCAGAGUCGGUCCCAGUAAUAGUAUCACUGGCUCCUGAAAACACCCUACAUUCUGACUUGCAGGGAGAGAUAGGUGCAUCCCAGAAACAGAGAUCAGAUGACGAAGAUGACCAGGAGAGUGCAGCAAGGGAGGGAGGCCUCAAGGUUGAAGCUGAGAUCUUGGAGCUCCAGAGUGAGAGCACCAAGCUUGUCGAGAACAUCAUCCAGACAGCCGUGGACCAGUUCGCUCACAUCGAAACAACCCCCACAGUCUGUGCUCCUGAUUCACAGACCCAGGUUCCGGUGAUGCAGGCUGACAGCCAGGGAGCUCUACAGAUGCUGGAUGAAGAAGAAAGCUGCCAUCAAGACUCCGCCCAAGAUGAAGCAGUGACUGCUGCAGCCCAAGAUGGGCUUGCCCUUUCUGAUAUUUCCGAAGGCAAGAGCAAGCCUUCAGAAAAGAUCAAUAUGCUUGCAAUUGAGAGUGUCAGUAUCAAAGACCAGCAGUGUGAGCAGGUGAUUGUCCCACUCGGGGCAGAGGGAGAUGGAAAUGGAGCAAAGCCUGUGCCAGGUGAUGAUUGUGCCAAAUUAGAAAGUGUAGAGAAGCUGCCACCUGAAUCCAAAAAUCUAAAGGGGCAUGCUGCUGAUGGCCUCCAACACCAAAGCUCAGCCCAGGCAGAGGCAGAUGCCUUGGGAAAUCUAACCAAAGAGUCUCCAGAUGCCAAUGGACCAAAGCUAACAGAGGAGGGAGAUGCCCGGGAAGUAGGGAUUCAGGAAGGAAAAACGCACACCGAGUCAGUCAAAGAGAUGAAGCCCCAGACAGAAGAGGACCUACGGGAGCCUGAGGGAGACCUGGCAGAAUCCUAAGAUGUUAGUUACUCACUGUAUAUCUGCAAGGCCAGAAUGUGAAGGCAAGCCACGGAAAAAAAUGCUGCUGUUGAGACCAAGAUUGCUGAGUCCUUGAGAUUCAGAGUGGGCUGUCCGCUGACUUCAACCUUGGAGAGCACCCCUGACAAUCCUGAGGCUUCACCGGGAGCUAGAGCCAGCUAACAUUUCCUUGUUUAAAGACUGCCUUUGAUUUUUCCCUUGAUUCCAUGUAUUUCUGAUUGAAGGUCCCUACAUUCAACCUGGAAUCAAUGUUGGCAAUACCUAGUUCUACUUCUCAAACUGGAGCAUCCUCCUCUAUAUAUUUAUAUGUAUGUUUUCUGUAGUCCUCCUCAUGUACCUAUUGUAUAUUUUUUUUCCUAAUAUUUAAGCACAUGCCUUUUGUAUUACACAAUAUAUGACGGGUGUGCAGCUGUAGUGAAGCCUUGAGAAGCUCUGAGCCUCAACUAUAAUCUGUGGCAAAUAGAGAAAUAACAUUCCUGAGAGGAAGGUACAAGUCAUUUUAAAGGUCACUGAGCUUGGGUUUAUGGGUUAGUAGUCCUCUGAAAGUGGUCGUUUUCCUACGCAUAGGGAGCUCAGAAAUAAAACACCAUUUGGAAACAUCUAGAAUGUCCCAAUAUUACUGUGAUGUGUUUCUUUCUAAUCCAGUUCAGGUUGGAAAGCAGUCUCCUUAGUGGCAGAUUAAGUCCCUUCUCUUAAUGACGUGGACAGAUGAGUGUGCCUAAGGCCGUGAUAGGUUUUCCAUCUCAUGCAGAAGGAAAUCUGUUGUACUUUUUUGAUUGUACUCUUAUAUCCUGGAUUGAAUUCGUAAGCAGAACCAAGUGAGUCCCAUUCUUUAUAAAAUGGUAUUUUGAUAGAUACUGGAGUGUGUCUGUGAUAUCUGUGCCCCUUUUAAGAACAAUGUUGCAUUAUGUUCAUUUGAACAAAUUGUGGUUUGACAACUGAUUUAAAUAAAAUAUUUGCUUCACUUAGA